UUAAUGCUAGCUAAGAUGGUGGUUUCAGCGUAAAUUAUCUCCUCAACAGCCAAGAAAAGACAGGGGCAAAAACACCUUUAUAGCCUUUUAAUGACAACAGAGCAACACAUCCACGGUUACACGGAGUGACCGCUUAGCGAUAUUUGGACAUUUUCACAUCUACAUUGGCUCGCAGUCCCCGCCCAAUUUCGGUGUGACUGUGUUGGAGUGGAAUCCUAAGCUAAAUAGGAACAGGCUUUGUGCUCCGCGACCGCCCCCUCACGACCGCGCCCGCCGUAGGAUGUCCCAUAGCCCCGACAUGAAGGACGACCCCAUGGAGUGCCCCCUGUGCAUGGAGCCGCUGGAGAUCGACGAUGUCAACUUCUUCCCCUGCACCUGCGGGUACCAGAUCUGCCGCUUCUGUUGGCAUCGCAUACGCACGGACGAGAACGGCCUUUGCCCCGCAUGCAGAAAGCCAUACCCGGAGGACCCGGCUGUGUACAAGCCUCUGUCACAAGAGGAGAUCCAGAGGAUAAAGAACGAAAAGAAGCAGAAACAGAACGAAAAGAAGCAGAAGGUGACAGAGAACCGCAAGCACCUGGCCAGCGUCCGAGUGGUCCAGAGAAACCUGGUGUUUGUGGUCGGACUUUCGCAGCGGCUCGCCGACCCGGAGAUCCUAAAACGACCAGAGUAUUUUGGGAGGUUUGGGAAGAUCCAUAAAGUGGUCAUCAACAAUAGUACAUCUUAUGCAGGUUCACAGGGGCCGAGCGCCAGCGCGUACGUCACCUAUGUCCGCUCUGAAGACGCCCUCAGGGCGAUACAGUGCGUGAACAACGUGGUGGUCGAUGGCAGAACACUCAAGGCUUCCUUAGGCACAACAAAGUACUGCAGUUACUUCCUCAAAAGUAUGCAGUGUCCGAAACCCGAUUGUAUGUAUCUACAUGAACUUGGCGACGAAGCAGCUAGCUUUACUAAAGAAGAAAUGCAGGCAGGGAAACAUCAAGAGUAUGAGCAAAAACUUCUCCAAGACCUGUAUAAAUUGAACCCUAGCUUUCUACAACCUCCAGCAUGUGGAACAGAAAAGUCAAAGAGUAAAUCAGGCUUAACACAGAGAAGCAGCAAUAGCAAUGGUAAAGAUGGCUGGCCAACGUUGUUGGGGCACAGCAAGCUGGCCAACGGCCUUUCAGAGGACCGCAAGUCCCCACCGCUGCUAGACUAUCUAGACCAAGAGGGUCUGACCUCAGACGGUCUAGAUACAGAGCUCGGCCCUGGCCAGUGCACCGCCCUAUCGCCCUUCUCCUCAAGCUGUGACAACAGCAGUCCCAGUGACAAGCCUUCAGAGUCCAUGGGUUUGGUGAAUGGAGAGACUUUACAACAGAUGCCCACAAGUGACUCCCCAUCCCCUCCCCCGGGUUUAACCAAGCCCAGCCUGGUGGUGCCCAUCAGUGUGUCAGACCUCACGGCCCGCUCGCCCUUCGAGGGGGCGGCGGCCGAGUCGCAGUCGCUCUUCUCGGACAACAGCAACUUCAGACAUCCCAACCCCCUCCCCAGUGGUCUGCCCCCAUUUCCUGGCAACCCCCGAAGCAAUCCGGACUGGCCCAUGACGCCUGAACCACAGAGCCUCUUUACGUCAGACACGAUACCGGUGUCGUCCUCCACAGACUGGCAGGCAGCUUUUGGCUUUGGCUCGUCCAGCAAACAGCAGGACGACGACCUGGGCUUCGACCCCUUCGACGUCACCCGCAAGGCCCUGGCCGACCUGAUAGAGAAGGAGCUGUCGGUUCAGGACCAGAGCCCCUCCUCCCCGGGGCCUCUCCCCCAGGGGAACAAUCACGGGCCCGGCCUCCUGCCCCCCAACGGUAACGCCGGCGCACCUCACCACUUCCCCAGUGGGGUGCCGCGCCUCCCCCCGCAGCUCCACCACAGAGCCAUCUACACCUCCUUCAGUUUCCCCGGCACUCAGAGCAGCCAGGCCGGUCAGCAGCAGCAGCAGCCGUCCGCCAGACACCCCUGGAUGGGCGUCCCUUCGCGGAAUAACCUCACACACUUGAACCACUCAGCCAGUGCUGCCUCACACAGUAACUUCCUGGACCUGAAUCUGCCCGCUCAGCACAGCACGGGUCUGGGAGGGAUCCCCAUCUCAGAAAACAGCGCCUCUAUAGAAGGCCUAAAUGUGAAAGAGUGGCAAGACGGCCUCAGAGCUCUCCUGCCCAACAUCAAUAUCAACUUUGGGGGCCUUCCAAACUCCUCUUCCUCCUCGUCCUCCUCAUCCUCCAACAGUGUUAACCACAUCGGUGGGCCAGCAGGCAUUUCACACAGCCUGAGCUGGGACAGUGCAGCCAGCUGGAUGGACCCAGCCAUCAUCACAGGUAUCCCGGCGUCGGCAGGCAACAGUUUAGACUGUCUCCAGGACGACAACCCGCCACACUGGCUCAAGUCCCUGCAGGCGCUCACAGAGAUGGACGCUCCAGCCAGCUCGGCGGCGCCCACCCCCCAGCCCUUGCACAGCGGCAUCCUCGAGGCCCACAUCCCCCUCCACCACAGAGCAGCAGCAGCAGCCGCCGCCGGCUGGACCCCCUACCUGCCCCCCGCCACAGCCAACCCCACCAGCCAGUUCCACUCCCCACCGCCAGGCUUCCAGGCCGCCUUCAGACCCCCGGUACAGCCCGCAACAGAGCUGCUACAGAGUGCCGCCGUGGACCGCCACUGAAUACAGACUCAUCCAUCUAGCCCACGACCACGUUACACCCACCCAUCAUGUACCCUCCCGCCCCCCCAAAGCCAAACACGUCAAUCUGCAGCGUAUAAAAAAUGAUGAACAUGC